CCUAAACUGCCACUCCGCUUACUCUGGGGACGCAAUGCGUAAUAUUCUUCCCGAAUAGGAGUAAUCAUUACAGAUAUCGAUCAGGCUCGCUCAGAACUAGAGUCGCACGCACGCAACACGUGACAACACAUACACUCAAUGUUUUCGGGACCACUGUCGUCUCCGUCAAUUUCGUUUGUUUAUUUCCGAGUGUAUCGAAGCGACGUAAAACAAUUCGAAGGUCAUAUGCCUCGUGGAAACUGAACUGUUCAAUUAUUACACGGAUGAGAAAACACGAUACGCAGCGAUGCGCGUGCUUUCGCAGAAAAAACGUAACGAGUAGGUAAUAAUGCCAACAAAUUGACGUUUACGGACAUUUUAAGAUUCUUUUCGAGUCCCAAAACAGAAGAAAUGAAGAAAUUUCUUGGUGCGUGUCGUGAAUAUCGUUAGAUUUACACCAUGUGAAGCGGAGGAAUUAAGGAUGUCGAUAGAGUGAAGGGUAAAUAAUGGACGAUCCUCGGAGACGUUUCGAAAUCGUAAACAAACUACCUACUCGAAAUUCAUAGUAAAUUAUGGAAUCGCCGUCCGAAUGUCUAAUCCAGGAUGAUCGAUUUUGUGGAUUAGUGUGGAUGAAGGAGAACACUUUUAUAGGUAAAUGAUUAAAGUGGCCAUCCUAUUGAAAAUCGGCCAUCCUCUCGAAGCAAAAGGCACGUUUUUUAAUUUGUAAAAAUAACUCGGCCACUGUUAAAGAAGAAAAUUAUCCCGUCACUUCCGCGAAGAACAGAUAACAAGAAGCAUUAAGUAUCAUCGGAACCAACCACUGUACGUUGUAAGUGUAGCAAUAGUCACCAAUGAAGUAUAGGAGCUCCGACGAGACUAGGAGGGGAUCCGUUAUGUCCUCAUCUUUCAAGGCUGUUGCUGUGUCCCAAAUGAAAUAACCCUAUCAGCAUUUUCAGGCACGCUGAUCUACUGGAAAAUGAAAGCAGCUCUUUUGUUCUUGCUGGUGUUUUCGGUUUUGUGUUGUUCGGUUUUUUGUAACACAUGCCAACCGACACAGGACACAUACUUAAAGACGGAAGGCGAUAUUUUUCUGGUGGGUUUAUUUGAUCUUCAUCAUGGACGUCAUUGCCAAUUAGUGAAGAAAGGAGGGCAACAGCAGAUGCUGGCAGCUUCGACAGUCAUCGACUGGAUUAAUAACAGCACCAUUUUUGAUGACGUAAAAAUUGGUUUUUUGUCUUUGGAUACGUGUUCUGACGUCCAAACUACAACUAGACAAAUAAUACGUGGUUUGACAGAGACGAAGUUCUUAAAUUCGUGUGAACAGCAUCGUUUAUUGGGAUUUCUCGGGCCUUCAAACAGCAGAAUUCAUAGAGAAGUAUUGAAUUUCUUACGCCCUUUAUCUGUUCCUUACGUCCCCAUCAAGAUCACGGAUUUACAUUCGGAAAUUAGGGUCAUAGUUGAAAUUUUGGCCCAAUUCAGCUGGUUCAAAAUCGCUCUCCUAAGCGUUAGUGAGGAACUGGAAGAGGAUUUUUACCAAGCUGCUGCUGAUUCAAAUAUAUGUGUAACAGUUUCGAGUAUAAUAACACACUCCAGGGAUGAUUACGAUCAUUUCUUCAAGGAAACCGUGGAGAAAUCAAUAGACGUUAUUGUUUUAUUGGGUACAGAGUACGAGUUAGAAGAAUCUAUACAAUCGGCAAACUCCAACGUACAGAAUAAGUUCUACUGGUUGGCAGCAGGAUUGAUGCAAGAGAAUAUCGAAUUAAACCUAGAUUCGUAUAAGCCUGUAGUUAGAUCUUUGUUAGUAGUCGAAUCGUCCGAGAUAUUAAAUAACGAAAAAUACGAGAACUUAAUUAAGAAAUUGGAUAACGAAGAUUUAUGCUUAGAUUGCUACGCUUCUGAUCCUUCCGUUCGUGCGGCCAUGAUGGGAGUUUUAAAGUACACUUGGGCAAUGAAGAAAAUCAAAGAUGCCGAAUGCCUAUCCGAAAAUAAGAAGUGUCCGCACUUGAAAAAAAUAAUUAAAAAGCAAUUAAUCAAAAAAUUGAAUGGUAAUUUUCACGAGGAAUUCAAAGAACUGCCGUUUCAAACUGGAAAUUCUACAAUAUGGUCUUACCAAGAUGCAAGCCAAAGCAACGCGAUUUUUCAUCAGGUAAGUUCAAACUAUUUAAAAUACGUAGUAAAUAUAAAUACAAAUAUACAGUUUAGAACUUUAGAUUAACGUACAGAAUGCCCC